AUGCAAAUUCUACAUUUUGAUAUCAAGCCUCACAAUAUUCUUUUGGAUGAAGACUUUACUCCAAAAGUUUCAGAUUUUGGCCUUGCUAAAUUGUAUUCAACAUAUGAAAGUAUUGUGUCUCUCACUGUAGCUCGAGGAACCUUAGGAUAUAUUGCUCCAGAGUUGUUUUAUAAAAAUAUUGGAGGUGUGUCGCAUAAAGCUGAUGUUUAUAGUUUUGGAAUGUUAUUGAUGGAAAUAGUGGGAAAACGGAGACAUGUGAGUGUACAUGAAGAGAAUCUAAAUGAAAUUUACUUCCCAUCAUGGAUUUAUGACAAAAUCAAGCAGGGAAAAGCCAUUGAAAUUGGAGAUGCCAAAGAAGAGGAUAUGAAAUAUAUAUUGAAGAUGGUCAUAGUUGCAUUGUGGUGUGUGCAGAUGAAGCCCAUGGACCGUCCUUCCAUGAGCAAAGCACUAGAGAUGCUAGAAGGUGAUGUUGAGCUCUUGCAAAUGCCUCCUAAGCCUACUCUUUAUUCUCAUGAAAUGUCAGCUGAGGAUCGGGAGAACAAUCCAGUUGAUGUAUCAAUUUCCUCAUGUAAUGCUAAUAUUACAAUUAGCCUAGAUGGAAGGUAA